AGUUCUUGCUGGUUUUUUUUUAUAUUUUUUUCCGCUUUUAUUCUACUUGACUAAAGUUUUUUCUUUUUCUGUAUUUAGGUUGUGAUUAUUUUUAUAUACUGGGUGGAUGAUAUAUAUAACAUACAUAUGUGACGAGGAACGAGGAUGUUGGAUGAGUUUUUAAUGAGUUUGUACUCCACUACCUGUAUCAUAUGAAGUAAUUCUCUGAAAUAAAGUGUGGAAAUAAAAUUUAAAAUGAGAGUAUCUGUAGCCCGGAGGACUGUUAAAAAUUUUUUUAUUUUCGAGGUCACUUUCAAACAUACCAACACCAAACACCUAUAAAUGACAACUCAAGGCCAUUUGUUUUUUAAAUUUGUUAUUACAUAUUAAUAAAAUAACAAUAAUAAUUAUAAAUGGAAAAGUGGCGAUGUAGAGGAAAAAGUACCGGAGCUAAAGUAAAAGUAACGGAAGAAAAUGGAAGUACGGAAAAGCCGUCAACCGAAUCGCCACCGGAAAAAAAGAAAGAAAAAAAGUGGACAUUUGCUGGGUUACUCAAACGUAAAUCAAAACAAACAACUUCAUCGGAGCAAUCAAACUCACUGUUAUCUUUAACGCCGAACCCAAGUAUUUAUUACACAGAACAAGUGAAGAAUGUUAAAGCAAAUCCAUCAUCUAAAACAAACAAUAAAUCUUAUGGUGAUAAGUGCAGCGUAGAAACUAGUGGCGUUGCCGGUAAUGUUACAAAGAAACAUGAAUUAACAGAUUCAAUUAUUUUAUCAAACGCUCCAUCAGCAGCAGCAGCAUCAGCAGUAGCAGUAUCACCACAAGCGGCAACAAUACAGUCACGCAACAGUGAAAGUUCAGAUACCGGUAGUAAAUACAGCCGUAGAAAUCGUCUGAAGGCACGCAUACAAGCCAAACGUGAUCGUUAUUACGGUGACAGCAGUACCGAUGAUGAACACAGCCAUUAUAAAUCUAGUAAUAAUAGUAACAGUAAUAGUUUUAUUAAUUAUACUAAUUCAAAUUCGAAUGUAAACUCUAAUUCUAAUGUUAAUAAUAACACUAAUAAUUCAUUAAUGAGAAUCCAAAGUGAAGAUAGUAUUUAUCAUCAUAAUAAUUAUCAUCGUAGAUUAAUGGAAGCAAAUAAAAAAACACGUGGAGCUCGUACUGUAAGAUAUAUGAAACGAUUUUAUCGUGACGACAUCAUUGAUGAUUAUGAUGCCGAUUGUGAUGUUAAAAUUCAUCCAAUUUAUCAUAAUUUAUCACCUGUAUUAAAAAGUCAUAGUAAUAAUUAUGAUUAUAAUUACAAUAGUAAUAAUAAUAAUAAAAAUAAGGCUGAUACGCUACCGUCGACAAAUAAUUUGUGGACAACGAAUAAUAAUUUAUUGUUAAAACCGCCAUACUAUCAAGCAUUUUGUAGUGAGCAGAAUCUCGUGCACGUGUAUCCAAAUAAUAAUUAUAAUAGUAAUAAGUAUCAGAGUGACAAUUUACACGGUUUAAAUGACAAUCAAGUAUUUAACGACAAGUACGCUUGGCCACAGCCACACGAAAGUAAACUAACUGCUGUGAUGAGUAACUGUAAUAAAUCACGUGGGAUUAAUUGUCAUGUAGGCAACAGAACUCCUCUGGCAGUAUCAGUAUCAGCAGCAGUACCAGCGUCUGCGUCUGCAUCAUCCUCAGUAUCACCUGCAUCUGCAUCUGCAUUAGCACCACAACCGCCACCGCGAUCGACAUCACGUCCUCUUUCACGGUUGCAUCAAACUACCAGACAUUCGCAGCACUCGGAUUUAGAUAUUUUUACGGAAACAAACUCAUGCACUAACGGUAAUCAGCAAUUGUUUAACUGUGGAAAUAAUAAUAACGUUAAUUAUAAUUCACUUGAUCGUAUUUACUCGUCACCGCGACGUAAUCACCGGUGUUGUAAUCGCAAAGUUAUAAAACAUCCAAUAAGUGAACCGUUUUUGUUGUAUAAAAAUGAUAAUAUUGUUAUCAGAAAGAGGAAUAAAGAAAUCAGUGAAGAUAAAAUGCCAGAGGAUCCGAUAGUGCCUAAAAUAAAGAAAAAGGUGAUACCGAAAAUGAAGGGAAGCUUUAAGAGUAUUUAUGAUCAGCCGUUGGAAAAACGGCGACACUCGAAAAAUUUAGAGGAAGCGUUAAUUGAAUUAGAGACGAUUUACAAUAGUUUACAUUUAAAUGAAGACGAGGAUCUGCUGGAUCGUGCUGAGCAGCGCAGUAUGGAAGAAUACAGGGAUAAAGUUGCUGUUACUUUAGCAGCAAAGGCAGCAGGUAUAGGCGGAUCAAUAAAAAGUUCAUUGGACACGUCCUCGUCGUCUUCACCGUCCCCGUCUCCGUCCGCGGCCUCGUCCUACGAGUUAAAUUUAUGGCGUAAUGUGAAUUUCGAUCGUCACGACAACUACUGUGGUAGCAGCCAUAAUAAUAAUCAUAGUUAUAAUACUAAUAAUAAUAAUAAUAAUAAUAAUGAUGAACCAAAACUUAAAGACGAUAUGGCAUACAGACGAAUGCAUCAGCCAGAACGAUCGUCUUCAGUGGAUCCGAGUCAGAGUUCACUGUCAAGAGUCAGUUAUUUAGCGGCAUCGCCAUGUUUGUUGUCAUACAGAGACAGGGAAUUUGAUAAUAAUUAUUUGCUAGGUAAUUAUGUUAAUAGUAGUAGUAAUUGUAGUAACGAUAAACCAAAGAAUCAACGACGCGGUACACCGGAUUUGACUCGGGAUGACGUUGUCUAUCGUAAUAUAACACAUGCAAAUAACAUGCUGAGAGUUAUCGAACCACAGCCACCAUUCGGGAUACCGCUUGGUCCAGUUACAGCAGCUGCUGAAAGUGAUUAUUUGCAUGUCGAGCCAAAAAUUAAACACACCCGCUCGUCGCUGUAUAUACCAAAAAUUGAGCCGGACAUUGUAACUGAUGAUUUGGCGUUUCGUAAUUUACGUAAAGACACUGGUGGGAAAAAUAAGUUUGCUAAUUCAAUGAGUAACGUUAAUUUUGUACCGACCAGAGAGUCAUUGAGCAGGAAUAUUGUUAUUGGUGGCGGCGAAUUUAAAAAAAAACGGGCAGUACGGUCACUUUCUGCUGACUUGUACGGAAUUAUUGAUAAAAGCAAUGAUGAUCAUCAUGCUUGGUACAAGGAAUUUGCUAAAUUAAACCGUCCGAGAUUACUGCAGCCAAAUGGAUCAUUAAUUAAUAUUAAUUACGAUAAUGAUGAUGAUUGUAAAGGAGGUGAAGGUAAUACUAGUGCUGGUAAUAAUAAUGAGCGUAAUUUUGAUUUAGAUAUCAAUGGAAAUCGUUCAAAGAGUUUGUGUCAAGCUAAAAUUCAAGUCUGCGUACCGCAAGAUGAUGAUGGAAAAUUUUCAAGAAGACAAUCAUGUGAAAGAGAAUUUAUGGAUAUGGAAAAUUAUCAAACGUUUGAUGAUAAAAAAUCGGGUUUGUCAUCCCCGUAUUAUGGCAAUGAAAGUUUUGAUGUUGAUGUUGAUGUUGUUGAUGGGGGAGCUGGUGAUAGAAAUGUUGAUACAAAUGAAAAAGUAAUUGAACCGUUUAGUGAUCACGAAUUAUCCGAGUAUAAACAACUUUGUCGUAAUUUAGAGAGUUUAAUAAAAAAAACAUCGGAGAAGGUCAAAAAAAGUGUGGAAGAAGCAAAGAGCAAUGCGAUGUUGCUGGGGUCAAACAGAAAUUCUCUUUCUGAAUUCAUCGAGUGGGAAGAGCUUUUGGGCGAAGAUGAAAGAAUAGUAAAGAUGAACAAAAAGGUGACUAAAGAUGAACAACAAGGAGAAGAAAAAGAUGUAGAAGGUGAAGAAGGAAAAGGAAAAGAAGUGAAGGAGAAAAAUGAGGUAGUGGAGGAGGUGGAAAAAAUAGCAAAGGAAAAUGACUCAAAGUCCGAGUAUAAAGAACCCGAUCAACUGUUAAAAUUAAACAUUGACGAUGAAACGAGGACAGAAGUGAUCGAUACGGAAGCUUCUUGUGAGUUGUAUAAAUCAAACAAAGAGUCACAAGAGUCCGUUGUUAACUCAGUGCCAUCAAACGACGCUCAAGAUAAUACAAGCCCUGAUGAUUAUGAUAACACUCCCGUUGAUUAUCAUGCCCGUAAUAAUGCUGUUGAUUGUCAUGAUGAUAAACAACUAAACGAAGAAUUUAAUUUGGAUAAACAAGUGCCUUAUUUAUCAUGUGAUCCUACCGAGCUCAAUGAUGAUAAUAAUUUUGAUAAUGAUUUUCAAAGUAUUUUUGAUUUUUAUAGCCGUGAAAAAACUAGUGCGACUGCAGAUGGUCAACUUGACGAUGAUAACAAAGAUCAGGAAUUCGAGUCUAUACUAAAUUCAUCAGUGGAUCCUAAUCCUAGUUAUCCUGCUCCUGAUUGUCAUGGCGAUGAAGAAGAUGUUAAAAAAACUCAUAGCGAAGGUGAGAAAAGUGGAAAUUCGGGUGUUAUGACCCAAGCACUUAUGCAACCGAUAUUUAAUGUUUGCUUUACUAAUAACUGCUUCUCGACGUACUCUAUAGCCUUGUGGUCCCUGUGUCUAACACUCCUGAUAGCAAUAAUAUCUGCACUGUGAAUUUAAAUGUACAUUUUUUUAUAAUUUUCUCGGUUUAAUUGCAUUUUCACUGGUCACUUGUUUAGUUUUUUUUUUUCUUUUUAUACGUCAAUUAAAUUUUUUUUGUGUCUAUAAUUUAUCAGUUAAAAAAUUUGAUAAUUAAAAUAAUGAAAUAGAUGUUCAGUAAUUGUGUGCACGAUGAAUAAAAAUAUGAAUUGUUACAGUACUAUAUUAAAUUUGAUAUUUUAUUUGUGUGUAUAAAUAUGUCGCAGGUCGAGAAACUACACAAUGAUGAUUUGUAGAGGAACGUAAAUAUAUAUAUGAAACAACCGGUGUAUUUUAUGUCGAAUUUUUUUACAACGGACUGUUGGAAUUACUUUACUAUUAUUGUUAUUCCGUGAAUAUUUAACAAAUUAAUUAUUUGUUUAUAUUUAAAAAAGUUUAAUAUUUCUGUAUAUUUUUAUUUAUAUAUUAUUUUAUUUUUUUGUGAAUAAUUGUAAUUGUAUAUCUUA